CCCACUUUAUACUUUGCAUUCGCUUCCCCUUAUUAGAACUCAAAUAAAUGAGAAGGGCAAAGGAAAACAAUCCGUUAAUUGAUACUGGUCUACCGGGUUUAUUUCGAUCAUGGGCUCCCUGCAGUGAAAAAAAUUUAGGGAGCUCUUGAAGUUCAAGCAGAGAAAUGUGAUGGAAAGAGAAGGGAAACAGUUUUUUUUCCUACCCCCACUGCUGCUGUCGAACCACCAGCAGUGACUAGCGGAUCGGUCUCACUUGGAGAGAGCAGCUUGUCAGUGGGAGGUAACCUACACGAUGCCCCCCUCCUGUACUUAUGAAUUCAGUGUCCGCCGUGUUGAGCCGUGCGUUUUAUUUGGAUACGUAAAUGGCAAGCGCACCGAGGUACUGUAAAGCGCACCGAUGGAUGCAGCCUCUGUGCGUAUUGGAACGAGGUAAUUUGUGAUCACGUUUGAAACAGCUUAAAACACCCCGCAGUCAAUAGAAGAGAAGAAGACGGGACUUGGACCAUCAGCACUCUGUGGAUACCAAGCUUUAAACAAUUUCUUACCCCCUUGUGUGUCAGAUCGACGGAUAGGCGAGGUUUGAAAGGCACAGAUGGAACGAGGGCGCAGAAGUGAUGACUGCUUUUGGUGAACUGUAACUCCCGUCCAGAUAGGACGAAUCAAGGCUCCGCGCGGAAAUCAUGUAAGAAAUGAGCUUUUGGUGAUACAGCGAAGGCUCCUUACACUUUAUACUACAUGAUUUUCUGAUGGGGUUUUAUGCUUCUUGAGGAAACCUGUUUUGUUUUUCGUUGUUUUGUUUUUUUGUUCUUUUGAUGUUGCAUCUCAGAUUAACACAUUUUACCUCUCGAAAAUGGAGAACGGAGCAACCUGAAGAUAAGAGAGAAAUAUUCUUCAAUCUCUACAACUUUAUCAUUUCUCCCAUGUAUAGGAUACCUAUUCCUUUACUAAACUGGGACUUAUUUCAUCGACAGGAGGGAAAAAUAAAGAAGUAAGCAUCUUGAAAUCCGCACUGGGCUGUGAGGUGAAAUCUAAUCAGAUUCAGCAGGCUUGAUGACUAAUAGGGACUUGAAGAAAAGUUGCAUUUGAAAACGACAGAGAGCAGGACGUUAAAAUAACCCCACCUCUGCCCCCCUCAAUGUAUGGAUGGUGGUCUGUCAUACAGUCAAAUGACGGGCUUUUCAGGAUGUAUCUACCUGGAAAUUGACCACGCGAUGUUCUCCGUGCUCUACAAGAUGUGGAAGGGUUACUUUUUAAACAUUUAGAUGUAAGAGAAAAUAAAGAGUGUUACUUCAAAUUCGCAUAAGUCACCAUUUGGAGACAAUCUGGGACCACUGAAGGUAUCGCUUUGCAUCGGGAGAGUAGUUUCAACAAUGGCACUUGUGGGUGCCUCCGUGUCAUGUGCGUCCUGAAGAAAAAAAAAAAAGGAAAUAUUGGAUGCAUCAUCACUGUGAGAGUUAAUAACAUGUCAUUCGGACUGAUGUGUGGAUUACAUACCACGUCGUUUUGAGUGUGGGAACGCAAUGUGUCUGACAAGAAAAUAUCACCACGGAUUCUGCAAGAUCGCCUGAGAAUUGCGGAUGUUUUUCGAUGCAAUUUUUGGGGAGGGAGCGGAAGAGGGACCGUUCUCCGUCUAAAGCAAAGACCCUACAGACCUCGGCGUCUCUGUGAACAAGGACAGCUUUAAGGUGGAUUGGAAAAUAAUAUGAGGAUGACCAAUACCCUGUGGAACUGUUAUUAAAUUGGCAGUGUGCCCAAAUCCUCUUUCCAAUGAGUGGAAGACCCGUCAAUAAAUUAUGAAUGUUAAACAAGAUGACCUCCUCUCAGCAGCAGCAGAUGAUGCGAGGUCCUAGGUGGAACCGGGCCUUGUCCGACCCUUUGUUCGUGCUGCUUCUGGCCCUCCAGCUGCUGGUGGUGGCAGGACUAGUACGUGCUCAGACGUGCCCCUCUGUCUGCUCCUGUAGUAACCAGUUCAGCAAAGUCAUCUGCACCCGGCGAGGGCUGCGAGAUGUCCCUGAUGGCAUCUCUACCAACACACGCUACCUGAAUCUGCAAGAAAAUCUCAUUCAGGUCAUCAAGGUGGACAGCUUCAAGCACCUAAGACAUCUGGAGAUCCUGCAGUUGAGCAAAAACCACAUACGCAAAAUCGAGCUUGGGGCCUUCAAUGGACUGGCCAGCCUCAAUACCUUGGAGCUUUUUGAUAAUCGCCUCACUACUAUCCCGAACGGGGCAUUUGAGUACCUGUCCAAACUAAAGGAGCUUUGGCUGAGGAAUAAUCCCAUAGAGAGCAUCCCCUCCUAUGCUUUCAACAGAGUGCCAUCAUUACGGCGGCUGGACCUUGGGGAGCUCAAACGGCUCUCCUACAUAUCUGAAGGGGCAUUUGAAGGGCUGAGCAAUCUGCGCUACUUAAAUUUGGGAAUGUGCAAUCUGAAGGAAAUUCCCAACCUUAUUCCCCUGGUGAAGCUGGAUGAACUAGAGAUGUCUGGGAACCAGUUAUCUGUCAUCCGACCUGGCUCUUUUAAAGGGCUAAUCCAUUUGCAGAAGCUGUGGAUGAUGCAUGCCCAGAUCCAGACCAUAGAAAGGAACUCUUUCGAUGACCUGCAGUCAUUAGUGGAGCUCAAUCUAGCCCAUAAUAACCUUACCCUCUUACCCCAUGAUCUCUUCACACCUUUACAUCACCUCGAGAGGGUGCACUUGCACCACAACCCUUGGAAUUGUAACUGUGACAUCCUCUGGUUAAGCUGGUGGCUUAAGGAGAUGGUACCAGCAAAUACCAGUUGCUGUGCCCGCUGCAGCUCACCAACUCACCAUAAGGGACGUUAUAUUGGCGAGCUGGACCAGAACUACUUUCAUUGUUACGCUCCUGUUAUUGUGGAGCCUCCUGCAGACCUAAAUGUGACAGAGGGAAGUGCUGCAGAGUUGAAAUGCAGAGCCAGCUCUCUUACUUCGGUAAGCUGGAUUACACCCAAUGGUUCUAUCAUGACACAUGGUGCGUAUAAGGUCAGAAUCUCUGUGCUGAAUGAUGGCACUCUGAACUUCACCAACGUUACCAUGCAGGACACAGGUACAUAUACAUGUAUGGUCAGCAAUUCUGCAGGUAACACAACAGCAUCUGCUACACUCAAUGUGUCCUCUACAGAGAACAGCAGCUUCAGCUACUUCACCACAGUGACAGUGGAGACCAUCGAAACACCACACAAUGAAGGCUUCACCACUACUGUACAACAGAAGGUGGGCCCUACACCCUCUGCUGGUACAUGGGAGUCUCUUUCACCCACCUCAACAACUACUACCACGGUCCGGACCCCGCUCUCCACACGUGCCACAGAGAAGACUUACACAAUCCCUGUCACCGAGCCGGGAGGAGAGGGCUCACUGAAUGGCUUGGAUGAGGUUAUGAAGACCACCAAGAUCAUCAUUGGCUGCUUUGUUGCAAUCACACUAAUGGCAGCUGUCAUGCUGAUCAUCUUCUACAAGAUGCGGAAACAGCACCACCAGCAGAACCACCACGCACCCACACGCACCAUUGAGAUCAUCAAUGUGGAUGAGGACUGUGUAACAGGAGGCCCAGGCAUGGAGGGCCACCUAACUCUGCCUCCUCUUGAGCACGAGCACCUCAACCACUAUAACACCUAUAAGACUGCAUACAACCAUGCCUCCACUAUCAACUCCAUACACAGCUCAGCGCACGAACCUUUGCUAAUCCGGGCCAGCUCAAAAGACAAUGUACAAGAGACCCAAAUCUAAUUUUUUUUUUUUUUUUCAAAAUGAGACAUUAUAAAACUGAUGGAAUUACAUAAAGAUAUUACUGACAGGACAUUACUGACAAUUGCUUGUGAGGACUGUGGCUCAAACAUGGAGGUUUGAAAACAUGGUAUGUUUGGCAAAUCAGUGACUUGGUUAAGUUUAUUCAAUGACUUUGGGAAUUAGGGUAUGUCUACUGUUUCAAGAAGUGUCUUUACAAAACAGAAGUUAUUUAUUUAAGAAAAGUGUUGUGGUUAAACCAAGAAAAACUGUAUUCUGCAAUUAUUUUUUCAGCACUUAAUUCGUGUUGUUUCUUUUUUCCUCUUCUCAUUUCAUGUGAUUGGUUUACCAAUAUGCUUUCAAAUUCUGUUUGAAGACAUCAAAGAAAAACUCCUGAAGCAAAUUAUUGUUCAUUUUUGGUAAACCGCAGACUUUUGGGCAGAUGAGAUUGUAACCACAUUACCCCAUAUAUCAAAGGAUUCUAGAGCACAUUAGUGAUCUUCUCCAGCUGUGGUUUAUGUGAUGAAAUCUUUUGUGACCAUUUGUAAGUGAGAUGAAUUGAACACUUGUUCAUUAUUUUACAGUGAGUGACAAAACGGUCAGUGAUGAAAUUUGAUCAUAAUUCACUGUUUAAUUAUACCUGUCACAUACAUAUUAGGCACUCUCUGCUACUCAUCAACAGACUAAGGAUCUUGAAUGAGGGGAAUAUUCCCUGCCCUUGGCUGUUGUAAAAACUGACACUCACUAUUAGAAGUACAUUUUAAAUUCUAUUGAUUAACU